AUGUCAGAGGGAGUUUAUGGAAACUCAGAUGGAGUUGAAGACAAUGAGCCUGAUGCAAUGAAGAACACAGACAUUGACGGCCAAUUAUAUGCCAACGUAAGAGCCAUCAAUAUCAGUCCAAGAGAUGGAGUUGUUGCUUCAGAUGGAGUCAUUGGUCAUCACAACUCAACAGAGAGAAACCAGCUACAGACCAGUAACAACAACCUGACUGAAGAGAGAGACCAGCUACAGACCAGUUACAACAACCUGACUAAAGAGAGAGACCAGCUACAGACUGAGAGAGAUUUUCUUAGCGGGAGGCUUACCAAUUGUGGCUGGCAGAAGUUUGAAUCCAGAUGGUACUUCCUGUCUACUGAGACUAAAACCUGGAAUAAGAGCAGAGAGGACUGUCUGGAGAGAGGAGCAGACCUGGUGAUCAUAAACAGUGAUAAGAAACAGGAGUUUCUCUUCAAACUCAAAAAGAGAGUCUGGAUUGGUCUGACUGACUCUGUUACUGAGGGGACUUGGAGAUGGGUGGACGGCACCCCACUGACCACCCCAAGGUACUGGAAUGACAAUCAGCCUGAUAGUGGAGAUCCUAGUGGGGAGGAGGACUGUGUUGAGAUACAUAAAGAUUGGAUUUCACUUAAGGCAUGGAAUGACAUGCCAUGUGACAAGAAACUCAACUGGAUUUGUGAGAAAGUGUUUUAACAUCACCAUGACAACAUAAUGUAGUCUGCAGUGCACACAACUUCCUCCUUCAUUCUCUCUCUCACACACAGAGACUCUCUCUGUCUUGCUCUCGCUCACACACUCUGCCUCAAUCCCAAACACCCCCUUACACAGAUUUUCACACACACACGCACGCACAUGCAUACACUUACACACACGCAUGCAAAUGCACCUAUUGUUGUAUUUGUUUGUAGUAUCAUAUUAAUUAAAGUCCUACUUAUUUCCUGAUU